AUGAAUGUAACAAAAAGACGGCGCCCAGUACCCGGCGGCCCCGCUAUUCCUGGCUACGGUGGCGACCAUGGUAACGGUGGGGCAGAGGGUGCUAAGAAUCUCCGGAGGUUCGGUUGCCAAUUACGACGACUCGACCUGGCAACAUACAACACACGCACGCUGAGGACUGACGAGAAGAUUGUGGAGCUGGAAGAAGAGAUAGACAAGUUACGAUGCCAUAUUAUAGGAUUAUCCGAAGUCCGAAGAGAGGGGGAGGAAACGGUAAUCCUCGAAUCCGGCAACUUGUUCUUUUACCGGGAGGGCGACUAUCUGUCCCAAGGAGGUGUCGAAUUUAUCGUCCACAAGUCUCCCGUUAACAACGUUGUAAAGAUUGAGAGUGUGUCGACGAGGGUUGCGUACCUUAUACUCAGACUUACCAAACGGUAUUCGCCGAAAGUCAUACAGGUUUACGCACCAACCUCGGCACCCUCCGAUGAGGAGGUGGAGGAAAUGUAUGAGGAUAUCUCUAGAGCCAUGCAUUCCUCCAAUACCCAAUAUACGGUGUUAAUGGGAGACUUCAAUGCAAAACUAGGCACAAGAGAGAAUGGUGAGCUGAAAGUAGGGAAAUUUGGAAUAGGGCAACAGAACCCAAGGGGCCAGCAGCUGGCCGACUUCAUGGAGAAAGAGGGACUCUUUAUGAUGAACUCUUUCUUCCAGAAGCGGCCCCACAGGAAGUGGACCUGGUCGAGCGCCGACGGUUCGACAAAAAAUGAGAUUGACUUCAUUAUGACGACCAGACGACAACUGUUCAGUGAUGUCUCAGUGAUCGCGAGGGUGAAAACCGGCAACGAUCACCGAAUGGUUAGAGGCACACUGAACCUAAACGUUAAGUUGGAGUUAAUCCAAAGUCCCGAAACCUUUCAGCUCGAGUUACAAAACCGUUUUCAGUGCCUAGAAGUCUGCAAUGAAGUGGACGAUAUGAACGACAAGCUCGUGGAAACUGUCCAUGCGGUCGGAGCUAUGUUCUGCAAGACCCGCCGCAGAAGAACACAAAAACUCUCCGAUCACACUUUUAAUCUCAUGGUUGUUAGACGGGAGAUGAAGCUACAUUCUUCAACAGAUUUGACAGCAUACAGGCAACUGAACAGACAGAUCUCCAAAUGCAUGCGGCGGGAUGCAAUGCAAAUGCAAAUGCAUCAGUCUGAGCGAGAUUAG